AGCAUUUGGUCGCAGGGAGUGUGCUUUCGCUUCCUCGGGAGGCGCCCGUUUCCAGGGUGCGCUCCCGCGGGAGCCGCCGCGCAGGCCCUCCCGCGGCAGCUCCCGCUAUGGCCGCGCCGGGCGUGCCCGCGGCCCCCGCGCGCUCCCCGCAGCCCGCGGGCACGGAGGGGCACUAGCUGGGCUACGACGGCAAGAAGAAGCAGCAUAUCAUCGACGGCCACCAGCAGAGUCCACAAGGGCCACCUGCCCACUGCCAGAAGGACGACGUUGGCGACGAAGACGCGACCAGCGAUCGCCGAGGUCGCGGAUGAGCUCGGCGUGGGCCAGAUGCCAGGACGCGACGUCGCGCGCGUCUCCGCCCAGGGCGGGGUGAGGAGGGCCGGCGCUGGGGCGGCGGAGGACGCAGUGGACAGCGAGGCCGUCGAGGUCAAGCUGGAGGUGGGCGCAGCAAGCGGGUGGGCAGCAGACGUGGAAGAUCCGUGCGCGAAGCCCACGGGCGUGGUGGAGGCGACCUCUGCCACGAGGGCCUGCGCGAGACCGAAGGCC